CUUGACAGCUGUUUGUCUUAUUCACAUGUAAGUUUACCUGUUGCCACAUCCACUCUAUAGUCUUCACCCUCGUUCCUCAUCUUCAAGCUCCCUUGAUGAUUCAGGUGCUUAAUACCUAAGAUUUGAGAGAGACAAGCAAGAUAAUAUAUUGUCGUCCACCAUGUCUCUCCUGGCUAUUCCGCACGAAUUGUUACUACAGAUAAUGAAACAUCUUCGAGAUUCACAAGAUGUUCAAACCCUCCAAUCUGUUGCUCGUACUUGCAGGGAACUCCGUGAAGUCGCUGAGAUGUACUUAUAUUCUACUGCUGAGUUUACCAGACUAUCGUCCCUAUAUCGCUUUCUAGGUGCUGCUACCCGUGCCGACAAGCCUAAUCGAAAAGGCUACCUACGAGAUCUAAAACUGCUAUACUCCAGUAAUCAUUAUGACCCUUAUUAUAAUCCGCCUUAUCCUCCGGACCUCACCUUGUUUCCCAAUUUGGAAUCCUUCGUCUCGGAAAGUCCCGAAUGCAAGCAUCAAUCCAUCAAAGGAACUUACUGGGAUUUUUUCAAGGAGUCUUAUACACAAGCAUUUACGCAAGCCUCCCUUCUAAACAAGUCCCUCGAAACUCCAAGACCUCUUCAAAAUCUCAAAUCUCUUACUCUCCAUUGGACUGAAUCAGGGACGAGAUUUCGGGAGAUAGCGCCGACGUGUCCAAUCUUUUUACUUCCUCGACUACAAUCCUUGGAAAUAUCCUGUGCCAGGAUAGGCCAAAAGAAACCAGCUGAUUGGGAAGCAGAAAAGCUCCAGGAUUUUCAACACAAAACUAUGCUCAGAUCCUUAAUCUUCACCGAAUGCGUUGUUUCCCCUAAAGCUCUACACGCUAUUCUCUCAUUGCCGAAAGCGUUACAGAGCCUGGCCGUUUGUGAGAUAUUUUAUCACCAUGGGGUUAUGGGUGACUCCUCCGCCAUCAAGGAUACCGAUGCAUUCAACGACGCCAUUAACCAGCAGGCCCAGAGUCUCGAGAGCCUCCGUAUCUAUCAUCGUUUUAACCAAUAUUCACGAGAUGAGAAGACUCUAGUCCUCUCACUUUCCAACUUCCCAGCCCUUUCAAACCUUCAGCUUGGACCUUUUCGUGGAACGCUAUUCAAAUACACCCUUAAUACGCCGGUUCCACCGGCUCUAAAUUUCCUACGGCUUGAUAAGUAUGGAAUAUCGAGGUUAGAGCGGGGUCGUUCCUGUAUGCUUCUUUCAGGUCUAUCGGUCGAGGAGUUGCUAGCAAAUUCGGAAACUUCCGGCCGACCAUUCACGCUUGAUAUUUCACUCCAGCAUCUCCCGCGUCUUCUUGGGAGGCCACUUUUCAACCGUAACGACGUGCGGCCAAAGAUACGAAAACUUAUAAAUGAACUUGGGGAGCGAUUUCAAAAGCUCCAAAACGCUUCCCGCCCUCGCCUAGAAGCGAACCCCGAAUCUUCUCCAGAUUGUAAAGCAUAUUCGCGUUUGCGCAUUCUCACAAACAAGUCCCAGCACAAGAUUCCACCACACCUACACAAUGAAGCAUUACCCAGAUUCGUAGUUCGGUACGACUCGUCUCACCCAGGCCGAUUUCUCGAUAACCCCUAUACUGCUAACCCACUCCCUCCCGAUAGAGACUUUAGUAGUGACGACGAGGACAUGGAUAUAGCUUUUCGUGACACCAACAACUCGGAUCUUGAUAUGCAUUAGGUACCUUUCAAAUUCCUAAUCUACGUACUUUACCGAUCGCUAUGAGACCCCGCGACUAUGGCUUGGGUGGGGUGCAUCACCUGUAUUACAUUCUCAUGAUAAAAGUCUAGUAAAAGUUUCCCAUCUCAACCAAAACUAGGUCCCAAUACGUACGAUGUAUCUGAUCGGUCAUUAAAUCUGACCCAUCCACGUCAGACUUGAGUAUUUCAUAAAACUUCAGCUAGGUAAUUAGAGAGUCGAGGAUAUAAUAUAAUUUAUCAUGCUC